GUGUUAAUUGCAAUAAAAUUUCCAGAUAGUAACUAAAAACAAUAUUGAUUUAGUGUUCGUGGCCUCAUAGAUCGACCAUUCUGCAUUAGGUUAAGUUUUAAGUGAAUACAACCAUUCGAACACAUCAAUCAAAAUUUAAGUAAAAUUUACCACAAAAAGCAAACAUGAAUUUUCGUAAACCCCGAGCACGAUCCAGGAGAAACUCAAUGAACGUAGUAUUAAAUACAGAAAAAUGGCGGCAUUACGGCAAAAGGAUGUCGCGACGAGGCACCGACUUCUUAGAAGACGAAACUGAUGAUGAAGAACCAAAAUACAGAGAAAUCAAAGAUUGGGUUCAAGAGUUCUUUGACCGAAAAAGUGAAUGCCUAGACAAAGCAGACCAAGAUGUGGAAGUACAGCUAACAAAGAAACAGACGCUCAUACUAUCCACCUUGGUGCCUGAUGAAAUCCUUCUGAUGGACAAUUUUGAUUCAAGUGAACCGAAACGCUUCGUUGGUGUGCUUUUAAUGGCAGAUGUUUCUGGAUAUACUGCAUUGUCAGAACGUUACAAUAACACUGGAAAAGGCGGCACAUAUCGAUUAACUGUGACAUUGAAUACUUACCUCGGUUCACUCAUUGAAGUGAUUUACGGUCAUGGCGGAGACAUCCUCAAAUUCGCAGGCGAUGCCUUUCUUGCGCUUUGGAAAACAGACAAAAGAACAUUCCUCUGCCACACAAUCCACACAGUAAUCGCAUGCGCUUUAAUCAUUCAACACUCGUAUUCAUCUUAUGAAACUGAUGUAAAAGUAAAUCUGAAAGUGAAACUAGCUAUCUCAGCUGGCAAUUUAAUGUUUGCUCCUAUAGGUGCCGGUAUUGAUAUGAAUUACGUGGUUAUUGGUUUACCGGUUCUAGAAGCUAAAGCUGCUGAGAGUGUUUGUGCCUCAGGAGAAGUUAAAUUAACACCAACCGCAUGGGGACAUUGUUAUUCAAGAAACUAUGAUCAUAUAAUUAACGACAAUGGAUACGUUACUAUAAAAGCUAUUUUAUACGAUCCUCACGAAAAAGACGUCAACAAACCAUUUGUAGGUUUCGGCAAUAUGUUAAGACAAAUAAAAAAGCCAUUUACUGCAAUUGAAAGUCUACCUGAUUCAUUUUGGGAUAUGUCUAAAACAGUUAACAUUACAGAUGUAUUGAAAAAGUAUGAUGUAUUAAACCUUCGUAAAACAAUAUUAUUGUCUGACGAAAAAAAUAUUGGAUCUGAAAUACGCAAAUUUAUGAUACGACCAGUUUUGACGCAAAUUGAUGCUCAUCAACCAUUGGAGUAUCUCACAGAAAUGAGACAAGUUUCGGUCUUAUUUAUGACAUUGAAGCCAGUGGAAUGCCCUUUUCUACAAUUAAUAACCAUUGUCAAUAAUUCUUACCAGAUAACCUGUGAAAUCGUUUACAAAUCAAUGGGAUGUGUCAACAAAAUAAUAUUGUUCGACAAGGACGUUAUGGUGUUAGUGAUCUUUGGAUUGCGAGGGUUCAAACACGAGUCCGAAGCUCAGGCCGCCCUCAAAUGUGCAUAUAAUAUCAAGAAAUCAGUAUCAGCACUUGAUGGAGUGUUAGAGGUGUCUAUUGGUGUCACGACAGGUCAAGUGUACUGUGGAGUCGUUGGACAUCCUUUAAGAAGAGAGUUCACAGUUAUUGGAGCCAUCGUCAAUAAAGCAGCAAGACUUAUGUGCAGUUUUAGAAAUCAAAUCACUUGCGAUGAAACGACUUUUGUAAAAAGCAAAAUGUCUUCAAAUGGAUUUACUUUGCAGCCAAAAACAGAAUUGAAAGGAAUCAAUCAACCUGGAAAAAUAUAUGAAUAUACAGAAGAAAUUAGAGUCAAAGAAUUAUAUGAUAUACCAAUGAUACCUCCGUUAUUAAAUAGAAGUGAUGAAAUGGAAUAUUAUCAAAACUGGUUGAAUGAUAGCCAUUUGUCGUUUAGAGAUUUUGAUGCACUUUUAGUGAUUGGUGAAUCUCGAAUCGGGAAGAGUAGAAUGUUAGAGUGGAUGGCGCGAUACGCUCGUAACAAUUCAUACACUGUUUGUUAUUUGAAUUUAACUUCAAUACAUUCCGCAACCUCGUACUUAGCGUUGAGUCAACUCAUCAAUCAAAUAUUGGGUCUUAAAGAACCAAUAAUGGGAUUUUCUAAAGAAGAACAAAUUGUAAAAUUAUUACAAGUAUAUAACGAGGAUUUGUGUUACUUAAACAAUAUUCUAAAAGUACGUUUUGCGUAUCAUGAAGGAAGUCGUUCUUUAGAUGAAUACAAACGAAAAGAAAAGGCUAAGCAAAUUUUCAGCAAAUUAAUAAAAUCGAUAUCAACAACAUACGUUAUAUUUUUAGAUGAUUUACAAAAUUUAGAUCCAUCUUCAUGGGAGUUUAUAUCACUAAUGUUCAACAGCAUGAAAAUAUUUACUGUUUUAGCAGUUACGCGUGGAAAGUAUGGUUGUAUGCAUGCAUGGCUAUAUAGUGUCUUUAUCAAUAACAAUAUAAGAAAAAUGGUAUUGGGGCCCUUAGCUUCAGUUUGGAUUCCACCUUUAGCAUGUCAAAUAUUAGAUGUUAAUGCAGUCCCAAAUGAUUUAUGUAAUGCCCUCAAAAGUAAAUGUGAAGAUAUGCCUGGACUGGUAGAGAGCUUUAUCCUCCACUUAUUUUCAUCUGGUGCAUUAGAUCUAAAAAAGAUCCCUAAAAAUGAAAUAGAAAAAUGGAGUCAUGAAGAUUUGCAGUUUCCAGACUCAGAAUUAUUGCACCCACAAGCUCUUAAUAUAAACGACCAAGCUACCCUUGACGAAUUAAUUAAAAAAGAUAGUACAGAAGAAGUAGCAAUAUGCAUUGUAACUUGUAAGGAAGAACUAAAUACAAAUAUAAACGUACAAAAUAUAGACGCUUUAAUAAUGAUACAAAUCGAUUCACUGACUCCAUACCAGCAACUUUUACUCAAAAUAGCAUCUGUCAUCGGAAAUAUCGUUUCAAGAGAUCUAUUAGAAAAUAUAAUGUACGACAAUAAUAGAUUAACUACAGCAAAAGCAAUAAAAAGACUAUUUGCCUUAAGAAUAUUAUCAUGCGCAAAUAUAAUAAACAAUAAAUGGCAUCAUCGAGCUAGUUCUAGUAGUAGAAACGUUUCUAACGAUCAAAUAAAUUUAGUAUGUGACUGUCACUUUGAAUACGAUCCAGAAGCAAAUGAAAAUCUUCCGAAAUACUCAUUUUGCAAAGUCAUGAAGUUUAAAAAUAAAAACUCCAGGAAAACUUGCUAUGAACUGUUACCCAUAAAUCAAAAAAAGGAAUUUCAUUCUCGUGUUGUUAACUAUUUACAGAACAAUAAACAAAAAUGUCCUGAUUGUGGCGGAAAUAUAAUGUUGGUCCAAUCCAUGUCCAAUAUUCGUGUAGAUGACAUAUGUAGUUCAAGAAGUUCUAUUAACACAAUAAUGACAGAGAACGACAAUGAAUCAACUGAAUCUGGAGAAAAAGAAUUAGAUAACAUUGAAAUAAAUCAAAAUUCUUUCACUGAGUCUUCCAGUAGUAAAUCUAAUGAUUUAAUUAAAUCUAAGUCGGAUUCAUUAAACAAUAAUAAAUGUGAAAUAACUGAUACCAACAACAAAUGCUAUACAUCAUCGCAAAAUGUUAAUGCAAGUAUCUGCGUACCCAUUCUAAAACUUAGAAAUGAGUCAGAAUAUGUGAGACGAAGGUCAACAAAAAGAGUUACAAUGACGAACAUGCAGUUCAAAAAUAUAAGUUCCUGUGAAAUAGAUAGCAAUAAAAUAUUUGAUAUGUUACGCGAUGUUAUAGAAGCGCAAAACCCUCGAGACUGGCAUAAACUUGGUGCAAUAGAUAGUCUAGAUGAUAUAAAUAACGACAAAGUUAGGGAAUCUUUCAAUAUUCACAUUGAAAAAAAUGUAUCUCUUACUAAUGUAGCCAAGUGCACAUGCGCCGAAUUAAACAUUAAGAUUCACGAACAACUCAUUUACCAUGCACAUCAAGCCGAGCUUAAAUCAAAAGCUAUAGAUUUCUUGAUAAUCUACUGCUAUUUGAAUCUUCUCGCUAACAACUUUGAAAAUGUAUUACCAAAACUAGACGAAGCUGAAACUAUGUGUUUAGAGAACGAAGAAAGUAUUGGAAAAUUCGACGUAAAGAGAUUUUUAGGUAAAAUUCACUCUUUAAGAGCCGCUGCCUUCUUAAUGAAUGGAAAACUUUCCGCUGCAAAAGUAGAGAUAGAAAGAGCAUCCCGAAUAUAUAAAAUUAAUCUACACAAAGUAUCAGAGUUCCUAAAAUUCACACGUUUACUAUCAGUUGUCAAAAUAAAACGUCGAAAAUACCGCGAUCAUGAAAUUCAAAUGAAGUCUGAUUCAGUGUUUUGCCUUAAUAUUGCAACAUUAAUAUUUUCCUCGCUGGGAGAAGAAACAGUAUCGAGGAUUGCAGCUUUUAGAGCUCUUGAAAUCGUACAAAGUAUUGAAUGCCGAGUAGUAGACAUUUGUGAUGCGUAUAGCAACGCUAUACAGGUAGAAUUGGAUCGUGGAAUGCCUGAUGCUACAGCGGAGAUUGAACAACAGGCCAGAAUAUCAUUAAGACAAUUAUCUCGCCCCAUUCAAACUGAUGAGCUAUAUGCUGUGGGAAAAUUGUUUAAUGCCUCUUUUCGAGCUCGAAUGGCAAGAGGUCAACUCGUGGCUACAGUUCGUUCUGGUUUCCGUGCAUUAGCCGUGACUCGAUUCCUUCAAGCAGAUAACAUUUCCUUAGACAUUAUACCUGAUUUAUUUUAUAUUCUUCUUUCAAGACGUCGUAUUGAGGAAGCAAUUGACAUCGUCCAACUUUCGCUUCGUCUUGGAAAAAAUCAUGUUUCACUAGAUAGCGAAACUUGGUACUUCGCUCUUUGCAUUGAUAUGAUUUUAGAUGCAGGAUUUCAGCUGGAACCACCACAUGAAAUAAGUCGGUUUGCAGAAUUUGCCUUAAAUACUGGUAGAUCUGCGGGACAGAGUCGACGGCGUCUUGUCGUAGGGUUAUGGACGUAUUGGCUCAGAGCAAACAUGGAAAAGAAGGCAAAGCGGUUCGAAUCUGAAGCUCUUAGUUGGACAACGGAUGAAGAUGACGAUGGAUCGUUAUCGACAUUAAUAAGCGCUAUGAGACUAGCUGAAGGCAUGUUAGAAAGUUUGGCCCGAAAAGUAGAUGAUUUAAGAAAAGUAGUCGAUCUAAUGGAGUUACGAUCAAUAGCGGACAGAGAAUUGACAAAACUUGAAAAGGAUGUACGCCUACUACGUGUUUUAUAUCCUCGCUGGAUGCUAUUGAAAGCGAAUUCAUUUAAAUUAUCAGGUCGCUUGACUGCAUCUGUUACGUUAUUCAAUCAGGCGUUAGAAGAAGCACGGAAAAUUAAUAAUCGGCUAGAAGAAUCACUGGCUACAGCAGCCCUCUCUAAUUCUGUAUUCUGGGUACAGAGCGCUAGAACUGGCACAUUUGUGAACUGGCGAGAUGGUGCUGAACAUGCCAGAACUUCUUGGCAUCAAUUGAUGUAUAGAAUUACUACCACAAGAGAAGGAUAAGGAAUUUACAAUUUUGUUUAAAAUAUCUAGUUUUUUAAAUAAGUUACAAUGUAACACGCGUACAAUAUCUACCAAUAUACAUCAUAUUAUAAAAUGUAACUGACUGCUAAGAAUAAAUAAAUAUUAGAAUACAUUAAAUUAAGUAAAAAAAUAACAAUUACUUUUUAAAUUCCUAAAAUAUCCCGCAAUUUUCAAUACUUAAUCGAUCCCAAUCUCAAUCUUCGAUCCGAUGCCGAGAAUAAAUCAAUCAAAAUAAGUCACUUAAACAAUGUUAAAAACCUUUCUUAUAAUCUGUCCGUUUUCCCGAUGAACUGAAAAGGAAUCGUUUUUUGAAAACGGCUGCAAAUAGUUCAUAGAUGAUAGGAGUCUAAGAAUUGAAAUAUGCUACGAAUUAUUCAAGUUGACAUUCCAUUGGAUUACAACGGGUGUAAUUUGUCCCUUUGGCACCCAGAACGUAUAUAAUCAGACUAACCAAUAUGUAGAAUGAACAUAGUAUUUCAAAGAACGAAUUUUAGAUGACACAACCAUCUCAUUCGAUUUCACUUUCAAAAAAGUAAUAAUUGAGUUUGAUUCGAUAGCAGAGAGAAAUAACUCGAAUUGAUUAACUCGACUUACAUUGUGGCCAUCACUAUAUUGUGUUGACGAAUUUGACAUUUGACACAUGACAUUGACAAUAUAUUAUAUAGGUAACUUUGUUUGAUAACAAGUUUACGUAGUUCAGUGAUAAACUUUUGCUCACAUUGUAUCAUUUUGCCAAAGUUUUCAAUGUCAUUUAAUCUUA